AUGAGUCUGGAAUUCACAGAAAAAGCAACGCAGGUUCUGAGUCUUGCUCAGGAUCUCGUACGCAAUUACAAACAUGUUCAUCUCGAACCAGUACAUAUCGCCGACGCAUUGCUCUCGGAGGAUUCACCCAACCCACUGCUAGCUACUAUCAUCGACAAGGCUGGUGGUGAUGUACAGGCGUUUUCGAGGUAUAUCAAGAGACAAUUGGUACGGAGGCCAUCGCAGGAUCCUCCACCGGAGACGCCAUCGCUGUCACCGGGUGCUGCGAAGGUAAUCAGAUCAGCACAGGAUCUCGCCAAGAAACAGAAAGACUCCUUCGUAGCUAUCGACCAUAUGAUUUCUGCGCUUUCCGAAGACGCUUCUAUGAAGACGGCAUUCUCAGAAUGCGGGAUCUCUGCGACUGCGAUGGAACAGGCAUUGCUUCAGGCACGAGGAAACAAGCGUGUAGAGAGCAAGUCCUUUGAGGAGGGAUUUGAGGCGUUAUCGAAGUACACCGCUGAUCUGACCGAACAAGCUCGUGACGGUUCGAUCGACCCCGUUAUUGGGCGUGAAGAUGAGAUCAGACGCGUCAUUCGAAUCCUGAGUCGUCGUACGAAGAAUAACCCUGUCUUGAUCGGUGAACCCGGUGUCGGUAAGACCUCGAUCGCGGAAGGAUUGGCACAGCGUAUCGUCAACGCUGACGUACCGGCCAACCUCGCUUCCUGCCGACUCCUCAGUCUCGACGUUGGAAGCUUGGUUGCUGGUACUAAAUACCGUGGUGAAUUCGAGGAGAGGAUGAAGAGCGUCCUCAACGAGAUCGAGGGCGCAAGUGAACAGAUCAUCCUCUUCGUUGAUGAGAUGCAUCUCCUCAUGGGUGCUGGAGGAAGCGGAGAGGGAGGCAUGGACGCAGCAAACCUCCUUAAACCUAUGCUUGCUCGUGGAAAGUUGCACUGUAUCGGCGCGACCACCCUCGCCGAGUACAGAAAGUAUAUCGAGAAAGACGCAGCUUUCGAACGUCGUUUCCAACAGGUUCUUGUCAAGGAGCCUUCAGUUCCCGACACGCUUUCCAUCCUGCGUGGGUUGAAGGAGAAGUAUGAGGUGCAUCAUGGUGUUACGAUUGCAGAUGCUGCGUUGGUUGCUGCGGCGACUCUUGCGAGCAGGUAUUUGACUUCAAGGAAGCUGCCUGACAGUGCUAUUGAUUUAGUUGAUGAAGCUGCUGCUUCGGUCAGGGUUGAGAGGGAGAGUCAGCCUGAAGUCAUCGAUAACCUUGAGCGCCGUCUUAGGCGGCUGCAGGUUGAGAUCCAUGCUCUUGAGCGUGAAUCUGAUGCAGCCUCGAAGGAGCGUUUGAACGUUGCAAAGCAAGAAGCCGCAAACGUCGAAGAAGAGUUGAGGCCCUUGCGCGAAAAGUACGAGUUGGAGCGCAAGCGCGGUGACGAACUCCAAGAAGCCCGCAAAAAGCUCGACCAACUCAAAGCCAAAGCCGACGACGCCGAACGCAGACGCGACUUGCAAACUGCUGCCGAUCUUCGUUACUACGGUAUCCCCGACCUCCAACGCCACAUCGAGAACCUCGAGGCGAAGAAAGCUGAGAUGGAGGCUCAGGCAAAACCUGUACCUGGUUCGGAGCCGUUGUUGACGGAUGUCGUGGGUCCGGAUCAGAUUAAUGAAAUUGUUGCGAGGUGGACGGGGAUUCCGGUUACGAGGCUCAAGAGCACGGAGAAGGACAAGUUGUUGAAUAUGGAGCGUUUGCUUGCGAAACAGGUCGUUGGUCAGCGCGAGGCUAUCACGGCUGUCUCGAAUGCAAUCAGGUUGAGUCGCUCUGGAUUGUCGAAUCCGAAUCAGCCGAUUGCGUCGUUCCUGUUCUGUGGUCCCUCGGGAACUGGAAAGACGUUGCUCACGAAGUCUUUGGCUGAGUUCUUGUUUGAUGACGAGAAGUCUAUGAUUAGGAUUGAUUGUACGGAGUACAUGGAGAAACACUCUGUGUCAAAGUUGAUUGGAAGUCCGCCGGGGUAUAUUGGACAUGAUGAGGGAGGUCAGCUCACGGAGCAGUUACGUCGGAAGCCGUACUCUGUUAUCUUGUUCGAUGAGGUGGAGAAGGCGGAUCCGUCUUUGUUGACGGUUCUUCUUCAGCUUCUUGAUGAUGGUCGAAUUACGGACUCUAAGGGUACUGUCGUCGACGCAAGGAAUGCAUUGGUUAUUCUGACCUCCAACCUCGGUGCGGAGUUCUUGACUGAUGCGCACGCUACGCCUGAUGGUAAGGUUGAUGCACCUACGAGGGAAGCUGUCAUGGGUGCUGUCCGCAGGUUCUUCAGGCCUGAGUUCAUCAACCGUCUCUCUGCCAUCGUCAUGUUCAAUAGACUCGCCAAGCGUGAGAUCCGCAAGAUCGUCGAUAUCCGCCUCCAGGACGUUCAGAAGCGUCUCGAGAGCAAUAACAAGAACGUCCGUAUCGAAGUCGAUGACAAGGCUAAGGCAUUUUUGGGAGAAGCUGGUUACUCGCCGGCAUAUGGUGCUAGGCCACUCAACCGUGUCAUCCAGAAUGAGGUCCUGAAUAAGUUGGCUGUCAUGCUUCUUCGUGGACAGAUUCAGGAUGGUGAGGUGGCGAAUGUUACGUGUCCUGAUGGACACCAUAUUGAGAUUCUUCCGAACCAUCAAGUUGGUGAGGAGGGAGUUACGGGGGAUGAGGAUGAUGAGAUGGAUUAUUCGGAUGAGGAUGAGAUGGAGAUGGAGCCGAUGGAUUAG